CUCGCAAAAGCAAGUUCUGGUUCUUGUUCUUUUUCUUCUUCUUCUUUUCAUUAUAUCCUUUCUUGGUAAGGGUUUUAUAUACAAGAACUAGAAAUUCACAAUCGUGAAAUGAAAUUGGAAUUGCGCUCGAACCCUCUUCAGUAAUCCGCUGACAUGAAGUAGAGUUAAAUAAAAAGAAAUAAUGUUUGAAGGAUUGGUGAGGCAGUUGAUUUUGGGAUAUCUGGGCCAAUACAUUAAAGACAUCCAAAAGGAGCAGCUCAAGAUCACUCUCUGGCACGAGGAAGUAUUCCUGGAAAAUGUGGAGCUGAUUCUUGAAGCUUUUGACUACCUUCAGCUUCCAUUUGCUCUCAAACAAGGUCGGGUUGGGAAGUUGAGCAUCAAAAUUCCAUGGAAAAAGCUUGGCUGGGAUCCCAUCAUAAUCAUUUUAGAGGAUGUGUAUGUUUGUGCCUGCAACCGGGAUGAUGAAGAGUGGGGCAUGGAUGCUGUUGAAAGAAGAGAAUUUGCUAGCAAAAAGGCCAAACUUGCUGCUGCAGAACUUGCUAAGUUAUCGAGACGUGUUUGUGACAACCAGGCUGGGAAUUCAUUUAUUUCAUACAUCACUGCGAAGAUUCUUGACAACAUCCAAGUAUCCAUCAGAAAUGUUCAUGUCUUGUACCAUGAUACGCUGAUGGCAAUGGCAAUCACCACAUUUGGUUUAAAGUUUGAAAGUCUGACAAUUAUGAAGCAAAAUCCUGCCGGAUCUUCUAUUUCGAAAGUUAGAGGGGUUCAAGUUAACAAACUGGUUGAAGUUCAGGGUCUAGAAUUUUAUUUUAAUACUAUUCAAGGAGUUGACGAUGUGGGUUCAGAUAGCCUUGCAGAGUCCAAGCUACAGGAUAGUGAUAUCUGUAUGUUAGCUCCAUUGGAUGUAUCUAUGUCUCUGUCGGUGAACAGGUCAGGGAAACUUGAGAAAGAUGCUCCACAGUAUACCAUCAAUGUUGAUUUCACUCGGGUGGUCAUGUCUAUGAAUGAGGUUCAGCUUCAGUAUAUCUUGACUCUGUACGAUUAUCUAGCUUUGUGUCAAUUGAGAGAGACAUAUGGACGUUAUCGUCCUUGGCGGACUCCUUUAGAUAAAAAACUCAAGGGGUGGCAAAUAGCCUGGUGGCAGUAUGCUCAACAAUCUGUUCUUUCUGAUGUUCGAAGGAGGUUGAGGAAAACUUCUUGGAAAUAUCUAGGAGAGCGUCUGAAUUGUCGCCGAAAAUACGUGAGCUUGUAUAGGAUCAAGUUGAAAUGCCUCAAACAGGAUCAGGUGAGGACAAUGCCAUAUUUACACGCACAUACACACACCCCCACACGUACACUAUAACGACCCAAAAUUUAAUAAUUUAAAUC